CCCGAAGGGACAUUUUGGUAAAUCAAUCCAACCAAUUCAGCCCUAAAUAACUCCCUCAAGAUCAGGAGCAAGACCCUUCUGCUGCUUGUAGCACUUGGCUCCGGCUAAAGACACAGCCUUCCGUUUCUGCUCUCCGUUUGCAUUUGGAAGAAUGGUGAGAGUCAGUGUAUUGAAUGAUGCUCUUAAGAGCAUGUAUAAUGCUGAGAAGAGAGGCAAAAGACAAGUUAUGAUCAGGCCAUCCUCGAAAGUGAUUAUCAAGUUUCUUUUGGUCAUGCAGAAGCAUGGUUAUAUUGGAGAGUUUGAGUAUGUUGAUGAUCACAGAGCUGGCAAAAUUGUGGUUGAACUGAAUGGACGGUUGAACAAAUGUGGAGUUAUUAGUCCUCGCUUUGAUAUUGGAGUCAAAGAGAUUGAAGGUUGGACUGCUAGAUUGCUUCCUUCAAGACAAUUUGGCUAUAUUGUGCUGACAACAUCUGCUGGCAUCAUGGAUCAUGAAGAAGCUAGGAGAAAGAAUGUUGGAGGCAAAGUACUUGGUUUCUUUUAUUGAUCGGAGCUUUUGGUAUAAUUUUUGGCUUACUGAUGAGUAGCUUAUUCCUAUCCCAAUUUUCGUUUAAAUGUUUAUGUUUAUACUAUUUUGUACCUGAGGUAAACUUUUGCUUUGGUUAUGAUUUAAGAAUUAAAGAUCAUGUUCUGUGCCAUCUGACAUUUUGAGUAUUCAAACCUUAAGGUUGUUGCCUGGUAA